CCUCCCUUGAUCAGUAUCUCCAUCUUUCCAGCGCCGGGCCAUGCGCUGAGUACGUUUGAAGGGAGCGGCCAUGAGCCGCAAAUCGCCGGGGUUCACCUUGCUUAUAGUAUAUGCAGUUUGGGUUUGCCUCGUUCGGCCAGAGGACACUUUUGCCAUUGGUCCUGGCCAACUCAGGCCAUCAGCCUCAUGUCGAAGUAUAGGGUCCAGGAAGCCUCUACCACGGGGUGUUUGUCAGGUAGCGCCAUCUGCAAUUGACACUUACUUGGAUUCAGUGGGUGUGGAUAGCUUUGGUCUGGGGAUUCUGGUUGGAGUCUUUGGGACGGUCUCCACCAUUGCGGCAGUGCUGUCCAUCUUCGUGAACAACUUGCGGGGUGUCGACUUCGACGGCGGCAACGCCCUGGCGUCCAGCGGAGGCUUUGUGAUGCCCAACUUUUUCUUCCAGGGCGCUCGCGACAUCUUCAGCAAUGUCCGCCAGGAUGCAGCUCAAUCGACUCAGAGGUUCAAGGAGACUGGAAGAUUUGCAGAGAUCUACGCUGGAAUUGAAAGGUCUCAGGAGAUGGCGAUGUUGCGCAGCAUCGACGCGCUGCGAGAACAGGUGCCUCCAGGUGCCCUGCGAGAGAUCCUCUUCAGCGUUUUGCGUCGUGCAGCCCUGUCCAGCUCUCAACUGGCCAGCGCCCUCUACGACUUUGCGUUGCGCUUGCAGGCCAAAGAGCCCGCACGAAACGAGGAUACGGUGGAGAUCCAAAGCGAGCUGUGGGCAUUGGACGAAGGUCGAUGUGAGGUGAGUGCUCGGCGUUUGGGAGAGGGUGGACGAAGACCCUGGGUGAAUGCUGAUGCAGAGAUCCUCUUGGAUGAGCAGGUGCCAGCGCUGCGGACCACCUUAGCCGAGUGUGCCAAGCGGCCACUCUUUGCUCAAGUGGCUCCGGAGAUUUUGGCACGACCCACCUUUCUGACUUUGGUGCGAAUCUUUGAUGUUUUUCAACCUGCAGAGAUCCGCAAGACGAGCGAGAACAAUGCAGGUCCUUACAGCCCAGCAGAGUUCAAUGCCAUCGAUGAGUUCUUGGAGCAGGUCACGCGGACCUCCGUGAUGCGUCGUGCCUUUCGUCACAUCACCAAGACUCUACCAAUUGUUUUGACCAGACCAUGGAAGGAAGUAUUGUUUAAGCUUUGGUUUCAAAGGCGCGACGGGAAGCCUUGCGUCUUCGAGCACGUCUUCCUCGGUAACUUGACCGAAGAUAUCUCUGGACAGCCCGUGGCCGGUGGCUUUCACUCCUGGCUGAAGUUUUACCUCGAAGAGGUGAGAGGAACAGCAAGAUAUUUGGGAUACAUUUACAACAAUGCCGAAGCUGGACUCGUGAACAGCCGGUUUGUGUCUGGAAAAUUUGUGUGGGACUACGACGGUCACAAACUGGUGAAGGACCAAGGCGGCUUCUUCAUCGGCACUUCGCCGGAGUGGCAGCUGGCCAUCGGCACGGUGGCCUACUUCGAGACCUCCACACCGGGCAUGGCGCGGCAGAAUGGGUGGAUUCCUUGGACCGGAGCCUACGAUGAAGGCUACACCAAGGAAACCACGCUGGAUGGGGAACGCUAUCGACAUGUGCUAUGUCGCACUGGCCACUCCAACAGCUUGCAAGAUGUCUUGGUUGAAGACAGCGGACACUUGGUGACGUCCUAUGCCAUCUAUUUGGGCCCCGAAGUGCCAAAGGACACCUCCGGCCGGCCGGGCCGCGAGCAGAUUUGCACCAGUGCUGAGUUGGCUGAGCUUUUGCCUCGGUGGUUGGUCGAGGAUGGCAUUGCUUUGCACGAAGACUCGGAUCUUAGCAAGGAGUGCGUGCGCUUUUGCGUGGCCCGUGGCUGCCGAUCUGUUGCCGAGGCCUUGGUGGCCUUGCGAGAGGCAUUGAUCUUUGAUUUGGAAGAUGCGGUUGGGGCGGCGAAGGAGGGCUAUCCCAGAAUUCUCGCGCUGGUGGAAGACACCUUGGAGGUGGUGCCGGUGCUGCUACGGCACAGCGAUCAUCUCAGCGCCCAUUUGCCCAAGCUCCUAGAGAAGCUUCGCUCCCAGGGCCGCCGUGGCCCUCGACUUCAUCAACCCAUCCGGUUGCUGCUCACGGGCCGUGCGAAUGGCGCGCCAAUCGCAGAGCUCGUUUCGCUCUUGGAGCUCGCCCAAUGGCAAGGUGGUGAUGAAGCAGGUGUUCGGCUGACCGACCGGAUUGCCCUGAUUCGUCAGAUAUUUUCCAGCCCACCUUUUUCGCAUGAACCCAGCUCUGCAGAAAAAUCUGCAGUGGCACCAAUAGCAUUUGUAAACUAGGUGCUCCUGCAUCAUGGACAAGGUGGCAACCAGCGUCCUCUUUCAUGUGAGCCAAUCUGC